AUGCAGCCCAAGUCUAAAGCAUGCACGCACCAGAGAAGGAAACACAUGGACUGGUUGGCAGUUGGCAGUUGGAGCUUGCAUGUAGAGUACUUGGGCAUUCGCAUGCGGUUGGCACAUGGCGUUGGCAGCAUUGGCGGGCUUACUCUACAGACAGACCGAACUGCAGGCCGCUUACUCUACACACCUACUAUAAGCCUACACAGCCAGCCAGCCAGCCAAGGGCCCCCCCAAUUGCGCAAAGAUCGGCCCCUGGGCCGGCUCAAUCUGGACUAUAUACCUAUCCAAGUACACACGUACAGUAACAAGGCACUUUCAUGGCUGUACAUAUGGAAUGCGUCAUGGCCAGCUCACCGCAUCAAGACCGUGGAGGAUUCGAGACCAUGUGGUUACCGCUACCAAGUGCAAUAUCUCCGAAUCUGUGACCAUCAGUCGCCGCCGCGAGUAGUAUUGGUCGGUGUACCUAACAUGGACGAACCAUGGCGACAAGAAAAUCUCUGCCCUGGCGUGCAUCUUGGGUUGUGGGCUGUGGAUCUCGUGGAGAGGAUCCUCCUGAUCGCCCAUCGAGGACCCAAGUGUUGCAGGGUGCCGUGUCGUGUGCCACCUAUUCCCAAGUUGGACAGGCUGUUGUUGUGGCUUGGCUACAUUGGAACUGGGAACAUGAUGGAUGACGGGAAGGCCGGGGGCCAGGUUCCCCGCAACGCGUGCGCCCGCGAAAAGACAAGAGGCAAGGCGAGGCUUUAG